UACACAAUCUCUUUCGUAUCGAUGUGUUACUUUGAAUACGUUUGACUUCCGCAGCGUGUAUUACCGAGAAAAUCGCGUUCCGUACUUUAAAACGAUACCCAUCAACCGAUAAUACUUAACGUUCUGAUUGUCCUCUUUUUUUUUUUUUUUUUACUUAAUAGUAUGUUUUUCUUAUUAAAUAACAUGUAUUUGUCAACAAGAAAAAAAGUCAUCUUGAUAAAUCAAAAUUUAUCAUCAACAUGAUAUUAUAAAUUAUUCACAUGUUUUUGUCAAAUAAUUUCGUCUCGUGUUGACUAUACCUGUGGUUGUUGAUCUGUGCUCGGUGUCCUCCAAGUUGUAUUGCCUAUAGUUACACAUUCAACAUUUAAAACUAUAGCUAACAUGAGUCUCUGUGAUUUGUUGAGGGUUCCACCCAUAUUCAUUAUGGACGAACUCUUCAAAAGUAGUUUCGGGUUUCCAGAUUUGGCUGACAUAAUAUUUCCAGUAAAUAAUGCUUUUGUAAAUAGCACUCUCAGUCAAGCUGAGAUCGGAGAGUCCACACAAUAUUACAAGGCCAUAUUUUUAUCCUUCAUCAAAAUAAUAGUAUCUUGUUUAAUAUUUUGUUCCUCGUCAUGUUUAUUUGUCCUACCUGCCAGAUACUUAUAUCUAGUGUACUUUCAUGUAGUUUCUGUUUGUAUUGUACUUCUUUCUUACUGGUCAAACAUACAAACACUUAAAGUUCUAUCAGGCAAAUAUGAAAACUUUCAAACUGACACGAUACAUGAAGUCAUAACAUGGGAUGUAGACGGAAUUUUACAUCUUUUUACACAAUUACAAAUCAUAAAUUUUUUGUAUCUGUUAAUCCGCAAUAUAAUUCUACAGUGUUGUCUAUCAUUAGUAUUUGACUUUUUACAAGUAUUUACUACAAAUCAUUCAAUCAGCAAAGUUUUCAGCUUUAGCUUUGUGAUUCCUACUUUUAUCUCAUUAAUACCUGGUACACAUGGAAUUUUGAAUACAGUAACUGUAUUAUCAACAUUGUUACCAUUGUUUAUUAUGCUGAAAACAUUAUGGCUAAAUAUAUUUACAAUAACAAAUUUAAUUCGUAAUGGAUAUAGUCAUGCAAGAGAGACCAUCAAUAAUUAUGGAAUAUCUGCCAUGGUUGAAGUGGAAUGGCUUCGUCUCAAAAUCCCUAGUGUUCUACGAAUUUUUUGGGCCAUACGAGUACUGGAACAAAUUUUAUACCUAUUAACUGAUAUGGAAAUACAAAAUGAAACUUUAUAUGAAGCCGUGAAAUAUUUGUUAAUUAAAGGAUGCGACACAUUUACAGCAGUUUUAGGAAUGACAAGCUUUGUAUCAUACUUUUGUCAUUAUAUCGGAGUAUUUUUCCAAUGGGUGCUCUUAACUGAGGACGUAGAUGAUAAAAGCAUUGGAACAAUUUCUGCAGUAUUAUUUUAUAUACUAGCUUUGCAAACUGGACUAACUGGCUUAGAUCCAGAAAAGCGCUUUAUAAGACUCUAUCGUAAUGUUUGUUUACUUUGCGCUGCCUUACUGCAUUACAUCCAUAAUGUUGUUAAUCCAUUAUUAAUGUCUUUGAGUGCUUCUCAUAACCCAUCACUUAAUAGACAUUUAAGAGCUCUUCUAGUUUGUGGAUUUCUUAUAGUGUUUCCAAUCACUAUGUUAACAUACUUGUGGUCUCACCAUUCAGUUAGCACAUGGCUACUAGCAGUUUCUUCUUUCAAUAUUGAAAUUAUUAUAAAAGUAUUGGUAUCAUUAUCUGUCUAUUCAUUGUUUUUAAUUGAUGCUUAUCGUACAACAUUUUGGGAGAAAUUAGAUGAUUAUGUGUAUUAUAUCAAAUCAUUUGGCAAUACGGUGGAAUUCUGUUUUGGUAUCUUUCUUUUUCUAAAUGGUGUUUAUAUUAUGGUUUUUGUAUCUGGUGGUGCAGUACGUGCAUCUAUGAUGUGUAUACAUGCAUAUUUCAACAUAUGGUGUGACGCUAGAGAUGGAUGGAGAGUAUUCAUUAAACGCCGUACAGCUGUAAAAAAAAUUGAAUCAUUACCAGAAGCAACUAGUGUUCAAUUGUCUGAAUUAGAUGAUGUCUGUGCCAUAUGUUAUCAAAAUAUGGGAUCAGCAAAAAUUACUAAAUGCAAUCAUUAUUUCCAUGGUGUAUGUUUGCGUAAAUGGCUCUAUGUACAGGAUCGAUGUCCAUUGUGUCAUGAUAUUUUAUACAAAGCUGAAAUGUCAAAUGUCCAGACACAAGAUACAAACCAAUUUCAAGAUCUUCAAAAUGUUAUUGAUGCUGAUAAUUCAUAGUUUUUUUUUACUGAUUAGAUUUUAUUAUAAACUUUUAUUCAAUAUAUAUAUAUAUUGACGACUAAAAUAGUA